UUGCUGUCGAUAAUAGUUCCACCGGUAAGUUUAUAUUCGAGUUUCUUGAAGUUUUUGAGGAAUGCUGCAACAUUGAAUCAAUGGAUUCCAACUUGCGUUGUGGCUUAAAUAUCUUUGUACCCUGGCGUGGACAAAUUUUAAAUUGUAAAUGGGACACAUUAUCACUGACGUUUGCAAAAUCUCUUCCUCUAGCAUUCCCACCUCGAAAAAGACAGCAAAUGAUGAUCAAGAAAGAUGGUGUUAUGCUGCAUGUGGGCAACAAGCUUUUUCUUGGACAAAGUGACUUCGAUGAAGUUGUGAAUGGCAACCAUACAUUUAUUGACAAGACGCUUUUGAUUGCUGAAUUCCUCGAUGAGGCGGACCCUACAUAUGUUGCUCUUGUCCUGCGCCCAAGGCGAUUUGGCAAGACGACAAACAUUACAAUGCUCAAAAAAUUUCUUUCCAUACCAAUCCAUCCUGACAAUGAACUGUAUCGAAGGGAAUUGUUUAAAGGCACUCUGAUUGAGACAUGUGAUAUUGGACAAGACCUGUUUGAGAGACACUUCUGCAAACAUCCGGUCAUCAGUUUCUCUUUAAAAGGUUUUGAAGAUUGUUCAACUUUUUAUGCAAUGGUGAAUAAUUUACGUGGACUGGUAGCAAGGCUAUACAAGGAACAUUCUUAUCUUAUCAACAAUACUAUGUUUGAGGCUGAUAGAGAACGCUUCAAACUCAUAUAUCAAGAGAACAAGUAUCCCCGUAUUGGACACACACUGUUUGAGCUCUCUGAGCACUUGGCAAGGUAUCAUAGAAAGAAGUGUGUUGUCCUAAUCGAUGAAUAUGAUCACCCAAUGGACAUUGCAUACCGGCAUGGCUAUUAUGAGGAAGCUCGUGAUUUAUUUGCUAGUCUAGUGGGAAGACUUCUAAAGGACAAUGAAAAUUUGUGGAAAGGCUUUCUUGUCGGCGUGUCCCGAGUGGCACAAACAGGUCAUCUAUCAGGAUUCAACAAUGUUGAAAUAUUCUCAAUGCACGCAGAGAGAUAUGCAGAUAAAUUUGGCUUUACUCAUGAUGAAACAUCUAUUUUACUUGAGCAUUAUGAGUUGUCAGAAAAGAAGGAUGCUGUAAAAUGUUGGUAUGAUGGCUAUGAAGCUUAUGAUGGCCUCCAUAUCUAUAAUCCUUUAUCUGUCAACAAGUUCAUUAGUACGAAAGAAUUGGAUGCAUAUUGGGUCGAUACAGCUGGAGGUACUCAAACAAUCAGUAUGCUGCUUUGGCACUCAACAGAAAAUUUCAAAAAUGACAUAAUAAGCCUGCUUGAUGGAAAUUCAAUUAAGGGUUCAAUUCUUCCAGAUCUGUAUUACGGUACACUAGAUGGUUCCGACUCAGCUGUACUGAGGACUCUACUCUAUUAUGCAGGCUAUCUCACCAAAGAUAAAAGCUCUAACAUGGAAAUUGGAGACAUCUUACGCAUUCCAAAUAAAGAAGUGGAAACACAAUGGCUAAGAUGGUUGCAAGGCUCCAGUUUCAAGUCUGUACAUUCACUUGUGAACAAGUUGCUGGCUGGCAGGCUUUCAGAUUUUAUAAACGAACUUAAAAUUAUUGUCAAGGAAACAUUGCCAUUUUAUGAGCUUCCGGACAAACAUGUAGAGUCAAAUUAUCAUCUCUUCAUUGUAGGACUUCUUGCUUCAGUGAGGAAUUAUGGCCAUGAAUGUAAAUCAAACAGAGCAGAGGGCUAUGGACGAUUUGAUUAUAGAAUUACCCCAACAGAAAAGGCAAUAAUAUUUCGAACAGCAGUGAUUAUGGAAUUCAAAAUAUGUAAGUCAAAGAAUAAAGAUGAUGAGGAAUUUGAUGAACGAGAUCUCCAGAAACUUGCUAUGGAUGCACUUCAGCAGAUAGACAGAAAUCAGUAUGAUACAGGACUUUCUUCUUCAUCUGCUAAUAUACUUGUUAAGUGUGGAAUUGCAUUUCAAGGAAAGGAUUGCUAUGCCGUAGGAACUGUUUUCAAGAAAGAGGGUGAUAAAUGGGUAAUGAUAGAUACAUUUAAAAAUUUUUGA